AUGCGUCGACGAGUGGUUGUCACGGGCUUAGGGACGGUUUGCCCCCUGGGGGUGGGGGUGAAGAGUGCCUGGGGUGCGUUAAUCAGCGGAAAAUGUGGAAUUCGGGAGUUGAGAGAACCGGAGUAUGAAAAACUCCCGUGCCGGGUAGCUGCACUGGUGCCAAAGGGUCCGAGCCCCUCCGAGCUAGACCUCACAAAGAAGUUCACUGCAAGUGAACUCCGUACAAUGUGUCCAGCAACAGCAUAUGCUCUUUUGGCUGCUGAGGAAGCCCUGAGCGACGCCAACUGGCUCCCAGAGAACGAAACUGAUAAACGAGACACUGGUGUGGCUGUGGGAAUCGGUAUGAUUGAUCUAGUUGACGUCUGCACUACGUACGAGGCCCUGAAGAAGGGCUACAGCAAGGUCAGCCCUUACUUCGUCCCCCGGAUCCUUCCCAACAUGGCUGCUGGUCAGAUCAGCAUAAAAUAUGGAUUCAGGGGUCCUAAUCACGCGGUGUCAACAGCCUGCGCGACAGGGGCUCAUGCCAUCGGCGACGCUUACCGCUUCAUCAGUGGUGGCGAGACGUCAGUGAUGGUCUGUGGAGGUGCAGAGGCCUGCAUCAGUCCCCUAGCCAUCGCGGCCUUCUGUCGCCUCCGUGCUCUCUCCACAAGUCGCAACGAUUUCCCCCACGAGGCGUCACGUCCCUUCGACAAGGACCGCGACGGUUUUGUGAUGGGUGAGGGCUCGGCGAUUCUCAUUCUCGAGGAACUCCAACACGCGCUCAAUCGAAAGGCCCAAAUUUACGGAGAAAUCCUCGGAUGCGGGAUAUCAGGAGACGCCGCACACCUCACAGCCCCAUCUGAAGACGGAGUCGGGGCGAUUCUGGCGAUGGACAGGGCUAUCAAGAAUGCAGGAAUCAAUCUCGACGAGAUCACCUACGUGAAUGCCCAUGCCACAUCAACCCCUCGGGGGGAUACCAUAGAGUUGAAAGCUAUUGAGACAGUUUUCGGAGGCCACAGCAAGAAUAUCACAGUCUCCAGUACCAAAGGAGCACAUGGUCAUCUUCUGGGGGCUGCUGGUAACCUCGAGGCUCUCUUUACACUUCUAGCGAUCAAGGAGCAUGUCUUCCCACCCACCUUGAAUCUCUCCAAUCUUGAUUUUGAGGGAUGUCUUAAAUUUGUGCCCAAUGAGAAGAAACGAUGGGAUGGAGAAGGGAGGAGAGUUGCAUUGAAAAAUGCCUUUGGAUUUGGUGGGACCAAUGCCUCUUUGUGCAUUGCUGAAUUUGUAAAUUAAUUUUUCAUUGAUGAAUAAUUGUAACUAUUACAAUCACCUUUAGCUAAAUUAGGAAAGGAAAUUGGGGGCUACAUAUUUUUCCAUGUUAUACAUACUUAUCUGUUAGAAAAAUAUAAAGUCAGAAUUUGUUUCUCAAGAAAA